AUGUCGUUCAACGCGCUUCAGACACCCGAAACGCCGCUCAAGCCAGCGCAUCCGGCUCUGAGGCUACCAGUGCUGGAACUACCGCCGUUGGUACGGGACCCAGAAGUAGAGGCGAAUCGCACAGCCAACGAGGCUUUGAUCCAAGAGCUCAAUGAGCGCACGCAGAGCGUGCUCAACCAGGGGAGUGGGAAAACGCAGCUGCUGCACCUCAGCCGUGGCAUGCUUUUGGCGCGCGACCGCAUUGCGCUGCUCUUGGACCAGGAUUCCCCCUUCCUGCAGCUCUGCACGUUUGCUGGCUAUAACCAGAAGGACUGUACCCCCUCCGGCAGCGUAGUCGGAGGUAUCGGCCUCGUCAGCAACACGCUGACCAUGUGCAUCGCCCACAUCCCGACCCUACAAGGCGCAUCGGCGAACCGCGCGCAGAUUGCAAAGAUUCAGCGACUGGGUCAGAUCGCACACGAGAACCGCCUGCCGAUCGUGUUCCUGGUGCACAGCGCGGGGGCAAGUCUGCAACAGCAAUUCGAGUUCCACUAUGGUGCGCGUCAGUUCUAUGAUCUGGCGACGCGCUCCCAGGACGGCAUUCCUACGUGCUCGGUCGUUUUUGGCCAGUGUCCCGCAGCGGGAGCUUACACGCCCGGAAUGUCGGACAUGACGAUCAUGAUUCGCGAGCAGGCGCAGCUCUUCCUCGGCGGGCCCCCUCUGGUCAAGAUGGCAACGGGCGAGGAGACGACUGCCGAGCAGCUCGGUGGUGCUGAAAAGCACGCCACCGUAUCGGGUGUUGCGGAUUGCCUGGUCAAUAACGAAGUGGAGGCGAUCACCGAGGCGCGCUACUGGGUCGCCUCGCUCAACUGGGACGAGCGCAUUUCGCGUCCCGAGGCUCUGCGCCUUCCAAAGUGGGAGAGUCUGGAGCCGCUGUACUCGAUGGAUUCGUUGCUGGAUGUUGCCCAAGCCAACAUCAAGAAGCCGUGGCGCAUCGAACAAUUGAUCGCACGCAUCACCGACGGCAGCCGUUUCAACGCUUUCAAGCCUCUGUAUGGUGCCAACACCGUGACGGGCUUUGCCUUUGUCGCGGGCCACCCGGUAGGCAUCAUUGGCAACAACGGCGUGCUGAAUCCCUCGGACGCGCAAAAGACGACGCAGUUCAUCCGGCUGGCCAAUAACAACAAUGUCCCUCUACUCUUCCUGCACAACAUCUCGGGUUUCAUGGUGGGACGCGAGUUUGAAGCGGCUGGCAGCAUCAAGUACGGCUCGCUACUCAUCAAUGCCGUGGCAAACUCGCGCGUCCCACACAUCUCCAUCAUUGUCGGCUCAAGCUACGGCGCGGGCAACUGCGCCAUGUGUGGGCGUGCGUAUGACCCGCGCUUCCUGUUUACCUGGCCGCAGGGGCGCACCUCGGUCAUGGGACCCGACGCACUCGCUGGCGUUGUGGAUAUGGUGGAGCGGGAGAUCCUGAACCGAAGCGGUCGGCCGGUCGAUGAAACGCGCCAGCAAAAGCGCCGCGAUGCCAUGCACGCAAAGGUCUCGACCGAAUCCGACUCGUACUAUUCCUCCAGCCGCGUACUCGACGACGGUAUCAUCGAUCCGCGAUCCACACGCGAUGUCGUCGGCUUCUGUCUCGAGAUCUUUGCCCAGGAAAAGAUUCAGGGGAACCCGGGCUUUGGCGGAGUCUCUCGCAUGUGA